AUGGAAUGCGACACAGAAAUUUAUGCUUCUUCGUCAAAGUCCGAUAUUAAAGAAAAGACAACUGGGAUUGAAUCAUUGCUAUCAUCUGAUAAUCAGAUAAAAUUUGUCGCAUCGAAGCAGAAUUUUGAAUCUGAGAUAAUCGAAAAACAGCCGAAAAACAGUCAAAAAAUGAUUCACGAGAAAAUUGAAAAGGAUAUGGCUGAAAAUAAGCAAAAAAUUGAACAUCGGAAUCGCAUAAAUUCAAAUGCUUCGAUAACACCUCAUUUCGAAAAAUCGGAUGGGCUUAGACUUAUCAGGAGUGCGUAUUCUGAUCUUAGCCCAACUCCUUCAUCGUCUGGAUCUCCAGCCUCCUCCAAGAAAAGGCUGAAAGUGGAUGAAUUUUCUAAUGUUCUAUUGAACGAGAGCUCUGGAUCUGUUGCCAAACGGUCAAAAUCAUUUCCCGAUAACAGCAUCAAUCGUGGAUGUCAUGUGAGUGCCGAAUCAAAUUAUGCAAUAUCCAGAUAUAAUAUGAAAUUUAAGAGAACAACCGAAUCGGAAGUAAAAGCCACUAAUAUAAGUGUUCGUGUAAAUUCUGAGCAGAGGAGCAUCAUGUCUUCGAAGAAUAUUGCUUCAAGAAUAAUGACAAAUGUACAACCAUCAACAUCUACUAGUAGUAGAUUCGAACCAUAUAAUAUAAAAUAUAUUGAUUAUGAUAGAAGUGGACCAGGUUCUAUUAUUAUAAAGAAGAAAUUCGAUAAUGGCAUCAAAACAAAUGGUUGUCAUCUCGACUUAUCGAGCAGAGAACUGUCAGGGAAUGCCCCAAGGAAUGGUUCAGCAUUUCAUAAUAAAAUGAAAAACAAUGGAAUAUCCAAUGGUUUAAAGAAAAAUUGUCCGUUGUCGAAUGGCUCAGUAGUAAAGGGAUCUGCAAGACAUGGCAUAUAUAAAAAUUAUGUUCGUAACACUUUUCCGUGCAAGCGAAGAUUCAAAAUUGUUGAUGAAAAGGAAUUUGAACGCCAAGCAAAAUUUCCCGAAAUUGAUUUGGAUUUACCAAGAAAUGGACGAUAUUGUGGUGCAGGUUUGCGCAACAGAAAAAAUCAUUGUUUUUUGAAUGUCGUUUUGCAAAUUAUCACUCAUACUCCUACAUUAGCGCGCUAUUUAACUGAGCAACAUUUAGAAGAUCGGUCGAAUGGAUUCUCCAGGGAAUUAAUGUGUUGUUUUACAUGUGAGCUGGGCAGGCACAUUAUGCUGUCAAUGGAGAAUGAAAGCACGAUUGUGCCUAGUUGGAUCUAUCCAUUUGUGAAACGGGUAUUUCCGGGUCGUGCAGAUGAUGAUCAGGAAGAUGCGCACGAGUUCUUAACAUUAUUGCUGGAUGCAUUACAACGGCAUCAUAACUUUGGGAAGGAUUUUGAAAUGGUUAUAAAUCCUUCAGCUAUAGGAGGCGCAUCCGUGGCUGAUCAAGUUUUUGGCGGAGUAUUGCUUAAUCGUUUUCAAUGUUCAUCGUGUGCGUAUGUCUCUGAAAACUAUGAACGAUUUCGUGAACUUAAUGUUGCUAUAGGCUUUGGUCAAACUUUAACACUAGAAGAUUUAAUUGGAAAGCAUUUCGGCUCAGAGAUAUUAACGUUCCAUUGCGCUGGUUGUAAAAAGAAGGUUGAAGCUCGACGGGAAACUUUCAUAGUCAAUGUUCCAAAUGUACUAAUUGUCCAGUUGAAGCGAUUUGAUUGUGAGGGUCAAAAAAUAUCUCAGUCAGUGGAUUUCGGGCUUAAAUUGCGACUGGAUAGAUUUAUGUUUGAUCAAGGCAGCAUUGCAGAAUAUUCAUUGAAUGGUUUAAUACAGCAUUUUGGGCUUAAUAUUACAUCUGGUCAUUAUGUUGCUGUUGUACGUGGCCUUGAUUCAAUAAGUUGGCAUUUUUUUGAUGAUGAAAAUCAUCAUUCCGUCGGUGAACCGAGUUUUCGUAAGUACGAUCCGUAUGUUCUGUUUUAUACCCAAGAUUUUUUCAAACGCAGGUGA